UAAACGAACCUGGAUGAACACACUCAAGAGGUGUAAAAAAAACUUUACUUUAAAGUUGUGUUUUAUUUUAAUUUUAGUCAACAAGCUUAAUUUAAGGCUUUAUCUGUGGAUUUAAUUGCCACUUUUUUCAUUAACUAUGUCUGAUUAUAGUGUGUCCGCCGAUCCCAGUGUCAUGAUUUGCUCUCUUCAAGGCCUCUGGGGAAUUCCUUCACAUCUGGGACAAAGUUCACUCAGACUGAAAAAUGAGCUGAUUAGAUUUUUAUGGUCAAAGGUCAAGGUCAUUGAAACUUCACUUCUUUCCAUGGAAAAGGGUUGUCAAACACGUGGUCCACCUGCCAGAAAUGAUGACUGUUUCUGGUGGAAGUAGUUUGGACACACUCCUCGAAUUUCGACAUUUCACAGUGUGCACAAGCUUAUCCGUUGCAUUGCAUAACUAAAAACUGAUUGAAAUGGUUGAAUUUUGCGUGAUGACUGAUUAAUCGAACAACACAUGUCUGUGCAGCAGCGCCUUCGGUCGUCUCUGUUCGGUUGCAGUGUGGGAUGAAUAAUUGAUCAGCGGGCUGCUUCCAGGCUGUUGUACUAUCACAGAGACGGUGGGUGGGAGCCGCUGUCCGCCGAUGUCCGCUGCUGCUGCUGCUGGAAUAUGAUGGGAACAGGAAGUGAACGUCACUGACACAGGAAUGGGACUGAAAAAAGGAAAACACCACCAGGAUGAGGAGAAUGUCAAGCUCCUCGGCGUAGGAAACUAAACCCCGGCUUCAGCUCAGGAAAAGGAUGAGCUGCUGCGUCCGAGCUGGAUUUGAGGCAUCAGGAAGGGUCCCGGCGCGUUGCUAAAUGGAGUCGGAGCAGCUGUACCACAGAGGCUACUGCAGGAACAGCUACAACAGCAUCGCCAGUGCCAGCAGCGACGAGGAGCUGCUGGAUGGAGCCGGCGUCAUCAUGGACUUCCACACCACCGAGGACGACAACCUGCUGGAUGGGGACGCUGCCUCCCCAGGAUCUAAUUACGCCAUGUCAAACGGGGGCGGGGCUCCCAGCAGCUCCACCCACCUGCUGGACUUCCUAGAGGAGCCCAUCCCUGGUGUUGGGACCUACGAUGACUUUCACACCAUCGACUGGGUCCGUGAGAAGUGCAAGGACCGCGAGAGACACCGGAAGAUCAAUAGUAAGAAAAAGGAGUCGGCAUGGGAGUUCACCAAGAGCCUGUACGACGCUUGGUCCGGCUGGCUGGUGGUGACGCUCACUGGCUUGGCAUCAGGUGCUUUGGCUGGCCUGAUUGACAUUGCUGCUGAUUGGAUGAACGACCUGAAGGAGGGCGUGUGUCUGAGCGCCUUGUGGUUCAACCACGAGCAGUGCUGCUGGACGUCCAAUGAGACCACCUUCGCUGAGAGGGACAAGUGUCCUCAAUGGAAGAGCUGGGCUGAGCUAAUACUGGGGCAGGCUGAGGGCCCCGGCUCGUACAUCAUGAACUAUUUCAUGUACAUCUACUGGGCUCUGUCCUUCGCCUUCCUGGCAGUUUGUCUGGUUAAGGUGUUUGCGCCAUACGCCUGCGGCUCAGGGAUCCCAGAGAUCAAGACCAUCCUGAGUGGGUUCAUCAUCCGGGGCUAUCUGGGCAAGUGGACCUUGAUGAUCAAAACCAUCACUCUGGUGCUGGCUGUGGCGUCGGGCCUGAGCCUGGGGAAAGAGGGCCCCCUGGUCCACGUGGCCUGCUGCUGUGGGAACAUCUUCUCCUACCUCUUCCCCAAGUACAGCAAGAACGAGGCCAAGAAACGAGAGGUUCUCUCUGCCGCGUCAGCUGCCGGGGUGUCUGUAGCUUUUGGAGCACCAAUCGGGGGAGUCCUCUUCAGCUUAGAGGAGGUGAGCUACUAUUUCCCUCUAAAGACGUUGUGGCGCUCAUUCUUUGCCGCCCUGGUGGCAGCCUUCGUGCUGCGCUCCAUUAACCCGUUUGGGAACAGCCGCCUGGUGCUGUUCUACGUGGAGUACCACACGCCGUGGUACCUGUUUGAGCUCAUCCCGUUCAUUCUGCUCGGAGUGUUCGGGGGCCUCUGGGGCGCCUUCUUCAUCAAAGCCAACAUCGCCUGGUGCCGGCGGCGCAAGUCGACACGUUUUGGCAGGUACCCGGUGUUGGAGGUGAUCCUGGUGGCAGCCAUCACUGCGGUGGUUGCUUUCCCAAACCCUUACACGCGUAAGAACACCAGCGAGCUGAUAAAGGAGCUGUUCACUGACUGCGGUCCGCUGGAGUCUUCGCAGCUUUGUCAGUACCGCAGCCAGAUGAACGGCACCAAAGCCUUCUCUGAUGACCAGCCGGCGGGGCCCGGCGUCUACUCGGCCAUGUGGCAGCUGUGCCUGGCGCUCAUCUUUAAAAUCAUCAUGACUAUAUUCACAUUUGGACUCAAGGUACCGUCCGGGUUGUUCAUCCCCAGCAUGGCCAUUGGGGCGAUCGCGGGGCGGAUUGUCGGCAUCGCCAUGGAGCAGCUCGCAUAUUAUCACCACGACUGGUUCCUGUUCAAGGAGUGGUGCGAGGUGGGAGCCGACUGCAUCACUCCAGGGCUCUAUGCUAUGGUGGGAGCUGCAGCGUGCCUGGGUGGAGUGACUCGUAUGACCGUCUCCCUCGUCAUCAUCGUGUUCGAGCUGACCGGCGGGCUGGAGUACAUCGUCCCCCUCAUGGCCGCCGUGAUGACCAGCAAAUGGGUGGGCGACGCAUUUGGCCGAGAGGGAAUCUACGAGGCCCACAUCCGCCUGAACGGAUACCCCUUCCUGGAUUCAAAGGAGGAGUUCACGCACACCACGCUGGCCCGGGAGGUGAUGAGGCCCCGACGCAACGACCCGCCGUUGGCAGUGCUCACGCAGGACGACCUGACUGUGGAGGAGCUGCAGGGCAUUAUCAAUGAAACCAGUUAUAAUGGUUUCCCUGUGAUCGUGUCUAAGGAGUCCCAGAGGCUGGUGGGCUUCGCUCUGCGCAGAGACAUCACAAUCGCUAUAGAGAACGCUCGCCGCAAGCAGGAGGGCAUUGUGCUGAACUCCAGGGUGUACUUCACCCAGCAUGCACCCACGCUGCCCGCCGACAGCCCUCGACCCCUCAAGCUUCGCUCCAUCCUGGACAUGAGCCCCUUCACCGUCACUGACCACACCCCCAUGGAGAUCGUGGUAGACAUCUUCAGGAAGCUGGGUCUGCGCCAGUGCCUGGUUACUCACAACGGGAUUGUGUUGGGCAUCAUCACUAAGAAGAAUAUAUUAGAGCAUCUGGAGGAGCUCAAGCAGCAAUCGCCGCCCCUGGCGGCUUCUUGGUAUUAUCACAAAAAAAGAUAUCCUUCGUCACAUGGCUCAAAUGGCAAAUCAGGAUCCAGAGUCCAUCAUGUUCAACUGAUCCGCUCUUUCCAGGACGGCUGGGGUGGAGGGGGCAGCGAGGAGGAGGAGGAGGAAGAGGUGUGCCUCCUGAACGGCUCCAAUCUCUGACACUCGGACCCCGUUUUUGUUUGUUCGUUUUUAGUUCUCAGCUGUAGACCCUGAACCUCACUGACUGACUGACUGAGGCCUCCAGAGACUUUCUGGCCACCCGAGGAAAAGACGAUGACACGAGACUUUGUUCUCAUCGUCCGGCUGCCGAGGACACGAUGAGGUCACGGGUCGAAGGCACGCACACACACAAGGAAUGCACUUUUUACACACACACUUUUGCACUCGCAGACACCUCACACAUGCAUGCUGUACACACACAUACACACACACAAGACUCCCUAAACCUGUACAGCUACGCCCGUUUGCACUCUACACGUGCCUCACCCCUUUGUACUGUCUCCCUCCUCUGUGGUGGAAGCCGCCUGGCUGGGGUCAAAGGUCAGAAUGAACCGCCGACGAGGGACGCGAUGAGGGACCUUGAAGCCUCCAGGCUCUCAUUUAAAUAAAGUUUCAAAAAACAACAUAAAAACAACUCACUUCCCUCACCCCCGCGCACACCUGAGCUGUCCGUCCUGCAGAAGAUUACCUUGUUUACCUGUGAAGUGUGUGUGUGUGUGUGUGUGUGCAUGCGUGUGCGUGCUUGUUGUUAGCACCACUACAUUCCAGCCAGGUUAUCAUCGGAAGUGAGGGAUGUGCUUACUCUCCUCACCCCGAAAACACGGCGGCCUCUUGUGAUCGCAUCAUGGCACGCUGCUGCUUCCCUGGGUCAUGUGAAAAUGAGACGUCUGUAAGGUGUGUGUGUCUGUGAGGGAGAGAGAGUGAGUGCGAGGAAGGGAGGACGGUACUGUAUUUCAAGAACAAACGUGUUCCCAGUGAGGAGAGAAGAAGUGAAGAUCUCUGUGCAUCCAUUUCUGAGCCAGUUUUAGCUGUGUGUGUGUGUGUGUGUGUGUGUGUGUGUGUGUGUGUGUGUGUGUGUGAGUGAGUGUGAGAGAAAGAGAGAAAAGGAAGGAAAAAAGGAAAAAGGUUGAGUUUUGUGGAAUCGCAGUUUGUUUCUCCCCAUGUGACCUUUAGAUUAUUGCUCUCCAAUCAUUUCCAAAGUCUGCUUUAAGUGAUCAGUAACCUCAUCACUAACACGUCUCCUGUACCUUCAGCCCACCUUUAAUAAUUAUAGAAUAUAUAAAAGUUGAUCGUCUGAGCCCCCACAGGUGGUGUUUAACACUCCAAACUCAUUUACGUAACAAAGACUGACAGAAAGAGAGAUCGACUGAUCAGCACUCUGUGAUUGAUGUUUUGAUCCACAGAUUCUCAGUGUUUGGUUUAAACCUCCUUUUAGGUCUUUAAUAAACGUGCUUUGUCCCAACAUUCAGAGCCUGUGAAGCUGUAAAUCCUCACGUUUUAGAAGAUGAAGCCAGCAGACGGUCAUUAAACAUAAAACUUUAUCUGCACUACAGUGUUGGAGUUUGAGAGAUUUUUAUAUAGAGUUUGUGCUCUGAUCCAAAGCUGCCGCCACCUUAAAUCCACACGUAUUUGUUGGGUCAGACAUAUCAUUAACGCCUCAGAUGAAGCUUGCUUUUUGCCCCGCGUUGUUUUCAAGGUUGAAGAGAAUUGAAAAGAAUGAAACUGCAGAACAUCUGGCUGCAGCUGUCCACCACUUUCAAUCACACCAGGUUUCUUUCUUUUCUCCCGUCUGCCAAGUGCCUGGCACAAGUUUUGUUUUUUUGUUUUUUGUUUAGGCUUUUCACACCCCGAUCUCUCUGCUCCCUCUCUUUUUUUUUCUUUUUUUUAAAAUCAAACGUCAUCACUCGAUGAAGGGAAAUGAAGUGAGGUGUGUGUGUGUUCCUGUGUCCGUCUUUGCGUUGCAGUGACUGUCCUGCUGUGGUGUGACAGGAAGCGGCAGAGCAUCGUCUUUGUUACCUGUGGUGUUGCCUAACGUUGUGUUUCAUACUGAUCUCGAUGUUUUUCCUUUUUUUCUUUUUUUUUUUGUUUCUUUUUUUUAUUUAUGGGUAGUCUGGAUAGAGUUGUGCAUUACUAUAAUGAAUUUCAUGUAUGAUUACAACAAUUGUUUGAUUGUAUAUUAAAAAUAAAACCUGUAAAGAUUAAAAUUUGUUUUAAAUUAAAAAAAAAAGAUUCAAGUUGCA